GACCCUUACAGUAAUACCUACAAUGAGGGAUGGCGCCAUCAUCCAAAUUUCUUAUGGAAUGGCAACAUCAACCCAAAGCCACCUGGCUUCCAGGCUCCUGCAACUAGUUUUCCAAACCAGAGGCAGGCAUACCAGCCUCGCCCGGGUCAAAUGCAGCAACAUCAACCACUUUAUCAGCCCAGAUAGGGGCAGGUUUUUCAGCAGCCCCCACAGCAACAGCAGCCUGGUGCAUCUCCAUCAGUCCCAGCACCAGGCUAUCACGUGUCAGAACUGAGGGAUCUAGUGACUACCUUGGCUAGCACUAGUACCCAAAAGUUCAAUAAAUUGGACCAUUCAUGGAAGUGGCUGCAUGCAAAUUCAUGGAGAUUGAAGCUGGCCAGAGAAACCAGCAGGCACUCUUGUAGGAUAUGGACACUAAGAUCGGGCACCUGGCAGAUGCCCUUGCUUCCAGACCGGCUGGCACACUUCCUGGCCAACCCCUGCCGAAUCCCAGAAAUCAUAAGGAGGGGUUGCAUGCCAUUAUGUUGAGAAAUGGGACUGUGACUGCGGAUGCACCGCAGAAGAGUGCCAAGAAGGUAACCCAAAUCACCCCAGAGCCGAAAGAAGACCUAGUGAUGGAAAAGGAGCUAGAGGCUCAAGCUCCAAAGCCACAACCAAUAGUGGCUAAAUAUAAGCCUAAGCUUUCUUUUCCCACCAGGAUGUACAAAGACAGGCUAGAGGCAGAGUUCGGAAAUUUCUUGUCCAUGCUUAGGAAGCUGAAUGUUCAAGUGCCCUUCAUGGAGGCACUAUCUCAGAUGCCUAAGUAUGUCAAGUUCCUGAAGGAGCUUCUCUCGAAGAAGCGGAGGCUGAGCGAGCUGGCCACUGUGGAGCUCAGCGAGGAGUGCUCGGUCAUUCUGCAGAACAAGCUUCCGCCGAAGCAGAAGGACCCAUGUAGUUUUACUAUCCCGUGCUCUAUUGGUAAAUUGCAUGUAGAGAGGUCCUUGGCGGAUCUAGGUGCUAGUAUUAAUGUGAUACCAUAUAAAUUGUUCAAGAAACUAGGCCUAGGUGAACCCAGUUCAACGAGGAUGAGUAUUCAAUUAGCUAACCGAUCUGUAGUCCAUCCUAGGGGCAUAGUGGAAGACCUUCUAGUUAAGGUUGGCAGAUUCUUUUAUCCUGUGGAUUUUGUUGUCUUGGACAUCAAUGAAGACGCAGAAGUGCCCCUUAUCCUGGGAAGGACUUUCCUGGCCACCUCCAAGGCUCUCAUAGAUGUACAUGAUGGGAGCUUAGUUUUGAGAGAUGGCGAGGAGCAGAUAACAUUUUCCAUUGCUAAUACUCUCCCCGUUUCAUCACCUUUGCAUGUUGUUUCCCACCAGGAUUACGAGUCUGUCGUGUAUCCUUCUGUGCCUCCCAUUUUGCAGGAUUCACCUCCCAUACCUUCGCCGCCACUCCCGUCCACCCCCUUCCCAAAAGAAAAAUCAAGGAGGAGUGGCGGCCGAAAAUGCAGGUAGCUAAGCCUGCUGAAAAGGAAGCGGGAAACCACUAUGAGUUGGUUCUAGCUCCUGAGCCUCGACUGCCUUAGUGUAACACCCUACCCUAUAAGUUUUGCCUAAUGAUAUUGUUCAUACAAUUGCAGCGGAAUCAAUCCCGGGUGUUACAUUAAUUACCAAAAAUUUACCCAAAGAAAAUUUCGACAUGAAUUACUCGCGUAAUGGGCUAACAGUUCUUGUAACUAAAACCUGCAAAAUAAUUUAUCUGAAUCCAUGCAUUCAAUGACAAACAUAUACUAACAACCAUAUACAUGGACUUUCAUAGCCAUAGUCACAGUUUCAUACUCCACAACUUCAUACCAUACUUAUACGUACCAUAAUCGUCAUAACUUACACAACCACAUAAAUAUAACAUAUCAUU